AUGUCAUCUUCAAUGAAGCAGAUAUUGGAAACAAUGUGUGGGGGUGAUUUCAUGAGCAAGAACCCUGAGGAGGCUAUGGAUUUCCUAAGUUAUGUCUCAGAGGUUUCCCGUGGAUGGGAUGAGCCCAAUAGCAGAGAAAUGGGGAAGAGGCCAGUUCAGCAAACGUCAAGAGGGGGAAUGUACAAUCUGAGUGAAGACAUGGAGAUGAAAGCCAAGGUGGUUGCCAUGGCUAGAAAAAUAGAGGAAAUGGAGUUGAGAAAAGUUCACGAAGUCCAAGCUAUUUCAGAACCUCAACAACAAGCCAAUCCUUGCUCCAUCUGUCAGUCAUUUGAACAUAUGGUGGAAGAAUGUCCUAUUCCAGCAGCAAGAGAAAUGUUCGGGGAACAAGCUAACUUGAUUGGCCAAUGGAAGCCAAAUUCAAAUGCUCCUUAUGGCAACACGUACAACUCUAGCUGGAGGAACCACCCAAACUUUGCAUGGAAGCCAAGGCCAAACCCAUAUCAGUCACCAGCCCAAUCAAGCCAACAGAGUCAAGGUCAAUCCUCAGUUGAGCAAGCACUCGUAAGCCUUAGCAAGGUUAUGGGUGACUUUGUGAGUGAGCAAAAAUCCAUCAACUCUCAACUAAAUCAGAAGAUUGACAACGUAGAGAGUACAUUGAACAAGAAGAUAGAUGGGAUGCAUAAUGAGUUGUCUCAGAAAAUUGACAACAUCCAAUAUUCCAUCUCAAGGCUCACAAAUUUAAACACUGUCAAUGAGAAAGGGAAGUUUCCCUCUCAGCCUCACCAAAAUCCUAAGGGGAUACAUGAAGUGGAAUCCAAGGAUGAGGAUUCUUCAAAGGUGAGGGACGUGCAAGCUAUUAUCACUUUGAGAAGUGGUAAGGAAGUGCAUCAGCCGGAGCAUGAUCAGAGGAAAGCCAAAGAAGACAAGGCUGAUAGAAAAGAAGAAAAGAAGAAAGAACAAAAGGGAAAGGAAGUUCAGAUGAAAGAAAGCAUCAUUCCUAGCAUGGGUGAGGAACCUCAAAUUCUUUUAAAGGAAGGCAUGAUGAAGAAUCACAUGCCUCCUCCUUUUCCUCAAGCCUUGCGUGGGAAGAAACCGAUCAAGAAUGCUUCUGAGAUUCUUGAUGUGCUAAGACAAGUGAAGCACAUCCAUCCUGAAGAAGAUGAGAGCCCAGAAGAAGUGUGUAUGAUAGAUACCCUGGUGGAGGAGCAUUGUAAUCAGAGUAUGCUUGAUCAGUUUAAAGAGAAUCCAGAUGAAAGCCAUGAAUAUCUUGAUGAUGGGUUAGCUGAACCCAUGGGAAUGAAUGCCGUUAUGUCAAACUGGAGACAAAAGCCAGUGAUCCUUCCUUUGUUCAAGGAUGAGGAAGAGAUGAAAAAAGCUAAGGAUGCAAUCCUUAAGCUUGAAUUGAAGACCCUUCCUGCCGAGUUGAAGUAUGCUUACUUGGAGGAAGGCAAUAAAGCCCCGGUGGUAAUUUCUUCUUCUUUAACCGUUUCACAAGAGGACAAUCUUCUAAGAAUCCUUAGAAAGCACAAGAAGGCCAUCGGAUGGCAAAUUUCUGAUUUGAAGGGGAUAAGCCCAUUGAUUUGCACGCACCAUAUUUAUAUGGAGAAGGGAGCUAAGCCAACUCGUCAGCCACAGAGGAGAUUGAAUCCUCAUAUGCAAGAGGUAGUAAGGGCUGAAGUGUUGAAGCUUCUUCAAGCGGGCAUCAUUUACCCCAUUUCAGAUAGCACUUGGGUGAGUCCAACCCAAGUUGUUCCAAAGAAGUCCGGGAUAACCGUGGUCAAGGGGGAAAAUGGGGAUGAAGUGUCCACACGCCUCACAACUGGUUGGAGGGUGUGCAUUGACUACAGGAAGCUGAACACAGUAACGAGAAAGGAUCACUUCCCUUUACCUUUCAUGGAUCAAGUCCUUGAGAGAGUAUCUGGGCAUCCUUUUUAUUGCUUCUUGGAUGGGUAUUCCGGGUAUUUUCAAAUAGAGAUUGAUGUGGAGGACCAGGAGAAGACUACCUUCACUUGUCCAUUCGGCACCUAUGCUUAUAGGAGGAUGCCUUUUGGAUUAUGCAAUGCUCCUGCUACCUUCCAAAGAUGCAUGCUUAGCAUUUUCAGUGACAUGGUUGAACGAAUCAUGGAAGUCUUCAUGGAUGACAUAACUGUGUAUGGGACUUCUUUUGAGGAUUGUUUGUCACAUCUUGAAGAUGUUUUGAAAAUAUGCAUAGAGAAAGACCUCGUACUCAAUUGGGAGAAGUGCCAUUUUAUGGUAAAUCAAGGUAUUGUUCUUGGGCACGUAAUCUCAAAGAAGGGUAUAGAGGUAGAUAGAGCUAAGGUGGAACUAAUUGUGAAGUUGCCACCUCCCACCAAUGUAAAAGGAAUAAGGCAAUUCCUUGGGCAUGCCGGGUUCUAUAGGAGGUUUAUAAAGGAUUUUUCCAAGAUUGCCAAACCUCUUUGUGAAUUAUUGGUGAAGGAUGCCAAGUUUGAGUGGGAUGAUAAAUGUCAGAGUUUUGAGCUUCUUAAGCAAUUCUUGACAUCAGCGCCCAUUGUGAGAGCACCAAAUUGGGAGUUGCCAUUUGAAGUGAUGUGUGACUCAAGUGAUUAUGCCAUUGGGGCUGUUUUGGGACAAAGAGAAGAUGGUAAACCUUAUGUGAUCUACUAUGCAAGCAAGUCUUUGAAUGAUGCUCAAAGGAAUUACACCACCACUGAGAAGGAAUUACUUGCUGUGGUGUAUGCUUUGGAUAAGUUCAGAGCUUAUUUGAUAGGGUCUUCCAUUGUGGUAUUCACGGAUCAUUCAGCUUUGAAGUAUUUGCUAACCAAGCAAGAUGCCAAGGCUAGGUUGAUUAGGUGGAUACUUUUGCUUCAAGAGUUCAACCUCCAGAUCAGAGAUAAGAAAGGUGUUGAGAAUGUGGUAGCUGACCACUUGUCAAGGCUCAACAUCGCUCAUGACACCCAUGGACUUCCCAUAAAUGAUGAUUUCCCUGAGGAAUCCUUGAUGCUUGUGGAGGAAGUGCCAUGGUUUGCACACAUUGCCAAUUACUUGGUCACGGGAGAAAUACCAAGUGAAUGGAGCUCUCAGGAUAAGAAAAAUUUCUUUGCCAAGGUCCAUGCAUAUUAUUGGGAGGAGCCUUUUCUCUUCAAGUAUUGUGCGGACCAAAUUAUAAGGAAGUGUGUACCUGAACAAGAGAAUAAAGGAUGUGAUAAGUGCCAAAGACUAGGCAAGCUUUCAAGGAGAAACAUGAUGCCUUUGAACCCCAUCUUGAUAGUGGAUCUUUUUGAUGUUUGGGGCAUAGACUUCAUGGGACCUUUCCCUAUGUCUUUUGGCCACUCCUACAUCUUGGUAGGAGUUGAUUAUGUUUCAAAGUGGGUUGAAGCUAUACCCUGUAGAACCAACGAUCACAAAGUGGUUCUCAAGUUCCUAAAAGAAAACAUCUUCUCGAGGUUUGGAGUGCCUAAAGCAAUCAUCAGUGAUGGAGGCACUCACUUUUGCAACAAGCCCUUUGAAGCUCUUUUGGCCAAGUACGGAGCUAAGCAUAAGGUAGCUACACCUUAUCAUCCUCAGACGAGUGGCCAAGUAGAGCUAGCCAACCGGGAAAUUAAGAACAUCUUGAUGAAGGUGGUGAACACCAAUAGGAAAUAUUGGUCUGUUAAGCUCCUUGAUUCCCUAUGGGCGUAUAGGACGGCUUAUAAGACUAUCCUUGGGAUGUCACCGUACCGUCUUGUUUAUGGCAAAGCUUGCCAUCUUCCCGUUGAGAUUGAGUUCAAGGCAUGGUGGGCCAUUAAAAAGCUCAACAUGGAUUUAACUAAGGUUGGGCUAAAGAGGAGUUUGGAUUUGAAUGAGCUUGAGGAAUUGAGAAAUGAUGCCUAUCUCAACUCAAAAAUAGCUAAGGAAAAGCUAAAGAGAUGGCAUGAUCAGUUGGUGAUCAACAAAAAAUUUUUCUUGGACGGCUACUCCGGGUAUUUUCAAAUAGAAAUCAAUGUUGAAGAUCAGGAGAAGACCACUUUCACAUGUCCAUUUGGAACAUAUGCCUACAGAAGAAUGCCUUUUGGUUUAUGCAAUGCACCCGCAACAUUCCAACGAUGUAUGUUAAGUAUCUUCAGUGAUAUGGUGGAGCGAAUUAUAGAGGUUUUCAUAGAUGACAUCACCAUAUAUGGAAGUACAUUUGAGGAAUGCUUAGUUAACUCGGAAGUGGUUCUGAACAGAUGCAUUGAAAAGGACUUGGUGCUCAAUUGGGAUAAAUGCCAUUUUAUGGUUUAGCAAGGAAUUGUCCUUGGCCACAUCAUCUCCAAGAAAGGCAUUGAAGUUGAUAAAGCAAAGGUGGAACUUAUUAUCAAAUUGCCAUCCCCAACAACUGUAAAAGGAGUAAGGAAAUUCCUUGGCCAUGCAGGGUUCUAUAGGAGAUUUAUAAAAGAUUUCUCUAAGCUUUCAAAACCUCUUUGUGAACUAUUGGCUAAGGAUGCUAAAUUUGUAUGGUAUGAGAGAUGUCAAAGGAGUUUUGAGCAACUGAAGAAAUUCUUGACAACCGCUCCAAUAGUAAGGGCUCCUAAUUGGAAACUACCUUUUGAAGUGAUGUGUGAUGCUAGUGACUUUGCUAUAGGAGUUGUUCUUGGCCAAAGAGAAGAUGGAAGACCCUAUGUGAUCUACUACGCAAAUGGGUAUUCAGGGUAUUUUCAAAUUGAAAUUGCAGUGGAAGAUCAGGAAAAAACCACUUUUACAUGUCCAUUUGGAACAUAUGCUUACAGAAGAAUGCCUUUUGGUUUAUGCAAUGCACCUGCAACAUUCCAAAGAUGUAUGUUGAGUAUCUUCAGUGAUAUGGUGGAGCGAAUUAUGGAGGUUUUCAUGGAUGACAUCACCGAUGGAGGUACAUUUGAGGAAUGCUUAGUCAAUUUGGAAGCGGUUCUUCACAGAUGCAUUGAAAAAGACUUGGUGCUCAAUUGGGAGAAAUGUCAUUUUAUGGUACGUCAAGGAAUUGUCCUUGGCCAUAUCAUCUCCGAAAAGGGCAUUGAAGUUGAUAAAGCAAAGGUGGAGCUAAUUGUCAAACUACCAUCCCCAACAACUAUAAAAGGAGUAAGGCAGUUCCUUGGCCAUGCAGGCUUCUAUAGGAGGUUCAUCAAAGAUUUUUCAAAGCUUUCCAAACCUCUUUGUGAGCUGUUAACUAAGGAUGCUAAGUUUAUAUGGGAUGAAAGAUGUCAAAAUAGCUUUGACCAACUGAAGAAAUUUUUAACAACAACUCCAAUAGUGAGGGCCCCUAACUGGCAACUACCUUUUGAACUAAUGUGUGAUGCCAGUGACUUUGCUAUAGGAGCUGUGCUUGGUCAAAGAGAAGAUGGGAAGCCCUAUGUGAUCUACUAUGCAAGCAAAACAUUGAACGAAGCCCAAAGGAACUACACAACUACAGAGAAAGAAUUGUUAGCUGUGGUAUUUGCCUUGGACAAAUUUCGUGCUUAUUUGGUAGGGUCUUUCAUCAUUGUUUUCACUGACCAUUCAGCCUUGAAGUAUUUAUUGACAAAGCAAGAUGCAAAAGCA